AUGCCCUUUCAUGAUGCGCAGACUGCCUUGCAGACGGUGCACGGAAGCCACUUUACUCUUUCUUCAGACUGGCCGCAGAGUUCGACGAGCGACAGUGGCCUGCGAUGGGGGGGCUGGGCGCAGGAGGCGCGUUUCCGCCAAGGGCUCCUGGGCCGACAGCCCGAGGAGGGUGCGCGCCUCCCAAAGCCUGACCUUCUCUCAGAUGGGGCGAUGGCGUUGCCAAUGAGCACCAUGACAUCGGGCAAGCGUCGGACGUACCCGAACCGAAGCACCUUUCAGGCACAUGUCUGCUGCGUGAUGGAUCCCCUGCAGGUGCCGCGAGUCCUCGAGUCCUUGCAGAAACGCUCCAACUUCAAGUCGGUCCGGAGCUGGCCCUAUGCGUACCGAAUCGUCUCGCCAUUUGAUGGGGAGGUGCACAUGGAAAGCGAGGAUGACAACGAUCCUGGAGCAGGUGGCAAGAUGCUGGGGUUGCUGAAGCGCAUGGGGCUGGAGAAUCUGUUGCUCAUCGUUUCCCACUGGGACAGCGGCAGCUGCAACCGCUUGGGGGCAGAGCUCUUCAAGUGCGUCACGGAACAGUGCAAGGACCUUCUGAAGGAGCUCCAGGAGGCAGUCCGUGCCUCCUUUCCCCCGGAGGAGCUGCUGAUUGCCGGAAGGUCAGACGAGCAACAGGACGCACCAGCACUUGAGGAUGGUCAGACGCCUGGAAGUGGUACAGAAUCUGCGUUCUGCAGCGAGAUGCAGUACCCUGACGACUUCAGUGAUCCGCUGGAGGUCACGGAGGUGCCUUUGACAUCGAGGCACGUGGAUCUCCGUGCCAUCGGUGCGACUCCUCCCCCUGAGCUGAUGUACGCAAGCCGUGGAGUGUGCAUCCAGCAGAAUCGGCGGAUGUGGCCUUCGCCACCGAAGCGGCCACAGCCCAGUGGCCACGACGGCGACGACUCAGGCUUCAUGGUGCAGAGUGCAGGCCUGAAGGGCUUUGAGCGCAAGCCAGCGCAUGACAGCAGCCCAGCGGCAGGAUGCAAGACCAGAAACAGCCGAGGCGAUGGGCCGCCUGUAGGUAGCGUGAAGUCCAAGCGCGACCAGGCGUCCACCUUCAUCACCGAGGGCGAAACUCCAGAAGUCGUUGAUUUCAAUGAGCUCUCCAAUGAGGAGCUGGAGAGGCUUUGUGGGCAGCUGCAGUCCGAAAGGGAUAGCUUGGAUUCGCGUCUGCUGGGCCUCGCGCAGUACGAGGAUGUCUUGAACCACAAGAAGAAGGACAAGAGGAAGGAUGAGAAAAAGAAGGAGAAAGCCAGCCUGGACAAGUCGGAUUCGAAGGUGAAAGGUCCUGCGCGGAAACGGCGGAUGUGA